GCUUUCAGCUUUCCUUCAAAGCCAAAGCUAUUACAGCACCUUCUUCUUCUUCUAAUUUCCUCCCUUUCUUCCCCAUCUCGUUUCCCCAGUUUUGCUACACAGAGUAUUCCCAUAGCUCUAAAAUGAAGAAGGUUGUGUUGAAAUUGGAUUUUCACGACAACAAAUGCAAACAGAAAGCCAUGACGAUAGCCUCUGGUGUAUCGGGGGUUGAAUCAGUUGCCAUGGACAAGGAUCAAAAGCUAACGUUGACAGGGGACAUUGAUCCGGUGGAGGCAGCGAAGAAACUGAGGAAGAAGCUAUGUCACACCGAAAUAGUCUCCGUCGGGCCGGCGAAAGAGCCGGAGAAGAAGAAAGAAGAGCCGUAGAAAGAGGAAAAGAAGGACGAUCCUAAGAAAAAACAGCCGAAAGAGGCUACAAUGACCUACCCCUACCCUCCGAUCGCCCAAUUCUACCCUCCGGUUCCCUACUGUUA